AUGGCCCCAACUACGCUUGUGACGUUUCUGGUUCGCAGUCCGCCUUCUACCCGAUCAGUUCACCUCUAUGGCUCUUGGGACAACUUCACGACCCCCUAUCCAAUGCAACGGGAUACUCGCACGGGCCCUGAGCACUGGUCAGGUUGCCAUAGCUUCUCGAAUAUCAUCUGUGAUGGCGACGCAACAGCCAAUGGUACUCCCAGGCAAGGAGGACUCAAGAUGGGCGGAACGUAUUGGUACUACUACAAAUUGGACGACGAUAUCGAAUUCCAUAACUCGGCGGAACCAUCGACCACUUCCUGCCCCAUGCUUCCUGGCCAGCUUGUCAACGUUUUGAACGUUCCCUUUGCACUUACGAGUAGCAGCCGCUCUCGCAACGAUAGUGUGAGCUCAACAAGCUCCGACUACCGCACCAUGAAUCCUACAGACAAGUUUCUGAACCCUCGGCCAGUGCCAGCAAAGCCAUCCCUGCCACGCUUGAGAACAUCUCCAACUUUGCUGCAACAGCCAUGGUCUUCUUCCAGCUCCCCUGCGAGUGCUUCAUCCCUUCCCAGCAGAAGAGGAAGGUCGACAUCCACCACCACACCAUCUCAACCUAGUAGUGCCAGUACUUACAAAGUUGUCCGGAUGAAGCCAGCUGUUGAGGCACCUUCGAGGUCGACUUCCCGUGGAAGUAACCGCUCCGUUGGUAUUAUUGGUGCUAUUCGAGCUCUGACAUCACCACUGUUGGCGAGUCCUGAGACUACAACAGACCGAGGCCGGAGCCUCUCAGACGACUCGGCAUCGAGGGGUCGUUCGAAAGGCAUGUCAGAGCGCAGCAUCACUCCCAAGAAGACUGCAUUCGGGAGAGCUGCUUCGAUUCCAGAGCUGGACGAUAAUACAAUAUCUGAAUCUCCAGGAGAGCUUGUCCUCCGUCGGCAGAUCAACGGGGCUGAGCCUUUCGGGCCCCUGCCGACAUCGUCCUUCGCAUAUCAUCGACACCAGCGAUCUCUAUCCCGUGAGCCUUCGCCACUCCGCAGUUCACUUCAAGCAGACGUUUCUCUCAGCAUAGGGACAUUUGAUGAGCCCACUGUUCCCUACCAACCCUUGGCGACCCUGAAGGAGGUUUCCUCAGCAACAAACACCCCUGUUUGGCCUCUAACUGCAGUGAAAGUCGAAGGCAACAAGGAGGACAGCGACCUACGUGCAGCUCUGGAUUUGGAGAAACGCCUGCCGACUUUACCCAACACGCCAUCUUCUGCAUAUCCACCCAGUGUCGUGGAUGAAUCCUGCACCCACGAUGAGUCACAUGACACUGCCAACCUUAACAGUCAUUUCUCCUGCACCACUGUCGAAACAGAGUCUUAUACGGACAGUUUCCUUCACGACCAGAGCCGUUUCUCGGAUUGGACGGACGGGACCCAUAAAUUUUCACCACAGUCAGAGCUUAGCUCGAGCAUCCUUGAUUUCGAGCCAAUAAGUCCGCUACCAGAAGCAUUCCUCGGGUUUCCAGAUGACAACCCGAUUACUGUUGAAAUUCAAACUCCUCCUCAGGACUUUUCAAUCACCAACACCUCUACUCUCCCCAAGCAAGACGGGCUGCCUUCGGCAUUCAGCUUUUCAACGGUCAGCUCGGUCACUUCGUCUACCGCGCCAACCUCUCGUGUAGAUCCUGAUAGCACCAAAGGUGCUCAUUUCUCCUGGACCAGUUUUCAACACUAUAGCCUACCCUCAGAGGACAUUGGACCUGUGCAUAUGCACAAACCCGCAACGCUGGCCAAUCCUGACGCACCCUUGGUUGUGGGCGAAAACCAUCGUGCAGGUGUCUAUCAACCUCAAAUGUCGAGCUAUGACGAGUCAACAAUUCCCCAUUCUACCAGUAUGCAACAACUUCUUACUGAAUUGAGCUAUUUGGGCGGAAUGAUCCAACAGCAUUAG